AUGUGGUUUGGCAAGAGCUGUAGAAACACAACCGAAGCAGUCAAAGUCCCAUUGUACUUCAAAAGCCAUGACCGGCAGGCAGUCGAUGCUGGUUUCGUGGAGACCAUCCGGCAACUGUUGGGCACAGACAACAAUGCCCGAAAUGUGGCCGAGCAGCGCUAUGAUUCAGCAAAAAGGACAGAGCCAGUGCAGCUGGUGGCAUCACUUGUUCAGGUUCUGCUCAAGAGCGACAUUGAAGUGCCAGUGCGGGAACAAUGUGCAGUGCUCUUGCGGCAGUGUUGUGGCAAGGUGAAAGAUGCUGAUUCCACAUGGCAGAAGCUGGGGACACACCAGGCGCAGCUGCGAGGGCAGUUGCUUCAGAUCCUGGAGGCCGAAGCAGUGCCGCAGGUCAGGAGAAAGGUGUCUGAUUGCAUCCAAAGCUUGGCUAACCAAAUCGUUGACAUCGAAGAUGACCAACGUCCGCAGAACCUCCAGGAGUGGCCUGAGCUGAUGCCCACUCUUUUCCGCAUCAUUUGCGAUACCAGCCAGGACAGCAACCUUCGAGCUGAUUGCUUGUGGAUUGUCAAGGAGCUGACGUGUUCCGUGUGGCAGAUGCUUUUGGCCAAUCCCACGCAGACCUACCAGGUGCUGCAAACAUGCUUGGCAGAUCCUGCGCUGGCUGUGAAGGCCGAAGCUGCAGCUUUGCUGUGCUCCUUUGUGGACAGUAUUUCAAGCAGAGAGGGACGAAAGCCUUUCCAGCAGUUGAUCCCGGAUGUUACAACUGUCAUGGCGCAGCUUGCUAGCGACCCUGAGCCAAAGCAUCUCAACACGGUGCUGCAAGCCUUCCAGUCUACGACCGAGACGGCGGAUUUCUUCAAGCAGCACAUUGCGACACAUUUGAUGCCAGUGCUGUGUGGCAUUGCAAAGUCGCACCAAGAUAUGGCUGCAAGGAAGUAUGCAUUUGAGGUGAUUGUGUCCUUCAUGGAGAGCAAGCCUAAAAUGAUGCUCAAGGUGCCCCACUAUAUCGAACAGGCUCUGGAUCUUUGUGUCCACUUCAUGAUGCAGCUUGAGGACGACAUCUCUGGUUGGAUGCAAGAGGAUGAUGAGGAUGGCGAAGAUGAGGAGCUUUUCAGUGUUGGCAAAGAGGCAGUGGAUCGUAUCAGUCGAUGUGCGGUCAAGGUGGAAGCAUUUCCAUUCUUGCUGGAGGGCUUGAAACAGGCAGUGACCAAGCUUUUUCAAACCGGAGAAUGGAAGCAGGUUGUUGCAGGGAUUUCCACGCUUGCCAUGAUCGCUGAAUAUGUGGACGACGAGGCCACGGUGUCCCAGAUGACGAAUGGCAUCAAGAUACAGUUGGGGGCAAGCAAUGCGCGUGUACGGUAUGCUGCUUGGGGUGGCAUGGCACAAUUUUCCGAGGACCAUGCUGAUGUUGUCAGCUCUGAGGCCUUCACUUCUCAGUUGCUGCCAGAGUUUCUCAAAGGUCUUGAUGAUUCUUGCCCCAGAGUCAGCCUUCGAUGCAUGGAGGCCUUCCAGCAUUAUGGUGAGGCUUUGGAGCGAGAGGAUCUGGAGCCUUUCAUCCAACCCUUGAUGGAAAAGCUGGGUGCCAAGCUCCAGAGUCAGGACAUCAAGGUGCAGAAGAAGGCGAUCACCUUCAUCGCCGUCAUCGCCGGACAGGUAGAUGAUGCCUUCGCUCCCUAUUACGGCCACUUGAUGCCGGUGCUGAAGCAGGUGAUCCAGAAUACAUUGCACAAGACAGAGGAACGGCAGCUUUUGGGCAAGUGCUUUGAGUGCAUCUCUUUGUUGGCCCGGGCCGUUGGGCGCAGUGGCUUCAAAGCCGAUGCUGAGCAGAUCAUGCAGGCCAUGAUUGAAGCAACGAAGGUGCCAAACUUGCCGAUGAGCGAUCCUGUGAAGGAGUACAUGAUGGCGGCCUCUGAGCGCAUUUGUUCCACGCUGAAAGAAGACUUCCUUCCCUUCGUCAGUCACAUCUUGCCCGGUGUUUUGGAGAAGUUCACGCUGGCCCCAAGGGAGUUCACACCCGGGAACAAUGACAUUGACGAUGACGAUGAAGUCAACCUGACCUUGCUGCGUGAGAAUGGCCAGGUGAAGGUAAUGAUCAUGUACUCCUCAGAGAUUCAGGAUCUCAAAGGGGCCCUGGAAUGUGUGCACACGUUUGUGGAAGAGCUAGCUGCUGCGUAUGCACCUUUUGUGACCCAAACUGCACAGGCACUACUUCCAGUCUUCGACUUCACCAUGGAGGAUGGCAUAAGGGACCUGGCCUUUGAAACCUGGGGCCAGCUCUGCCGCAGUGCUCGCCAGGGUGGACAGGCAUGGCACGACGCCGAAUAG